AUGUCAAUGGUACCUUCGGCAUGUGCACAACAAGACUUGAGUUCAAGGUCGCAACCGAACCUGUUUCAAGAGCUGGCGGAGAAAGGAGAAAUCCACAUCGACACGCGGGAGCCGCCGCAAUCGCGACAUAUGCACUUACUACAGGAGCGACAAGUCGGUGACAGUGAGAGCACUGUGCCCACGACAGCGAUUACACCAACCUCGACGCAGCCAGACACCGAUGCGGCUGUCAUUGUGACCGACGCAGUGGCAACAGCCGCAAGUGCAAUCAGCACCGACACCUCAGCCCCAUCCAAUCACCCAGACGCAGUAUCAACCUCGAUAUCACCCACCGUAACAGUCGUCACAACACCACUCCCCUCGCCCUUCGACACAUCUCUCGGCAGCAACUUCACCGACUCAUCCUGUCCCAAAUUUUUCUCGAAAUUCUUGUCAAACACGACAUUCCAAUCCUGCGUACCCAUCUCAUUGCUCCUACAAAACUCAAAUUCCUUUUUCCGCGCCGAACGCUCCGCGACUCUACUCACUCAAACUCUGGACUCGGCCUGUGCUGCGCCCCUGGCAAUUUGUUCUCCAUUGAUGGCCAAUCUUGCCGCUCAGCUGAUCGAUGAUUCCCAUUGUGGCCAGGAUUUCAAGAACCAGAACCCGCUUGUGGCUCAGGCGUAUGCAGGUCUAGUGGCUUAUGAACCUAUUUACAGUGCUACUUGUCUUCGUGCGACUGGACCUACCGACGGUACUAGUAGUACUGAAGACGAGGCAAACAAUAAGAACAGCAACAGCGCGCCUUAUUGUUUCACCCAAGCAAUCACAAACACCACCAACUCCGCCGACGCCUACGUCUACUAUAUCCCACUGGGCCUGAGCUUGCCGGUAGAAUCAGAUAAGCCAAGCUGCACCCAAUGUCUCCGCGACACAAUGAAGAUCUUUGCGGGCUAUGCGGAGAACAAAGCCCAGCCUCUGUCGAGGACUUAUUUGCCUGCUGCGACGCAGGUCGAUGCGGGAUGCGGUGGCGGGUUUGUCGCGACAGACAUCAAGGUUGGGUCGAAGAAACCUCAUUCAAAUGGUGGGACUGUCUCGAGAAGGAGUGGUUUUGGCUCUGUCUUUCCGGAUCGAUGUCGAGGUGGUGGUGGCGGUGGUGGUGGUGGAGGAGGAGGAGGAGGCUCCAGCUUGCUAUCGCUGGCGUCGUGGUCGAUGUUGAUAUUACUAGCUUGUCACAGUCUGCUCUGGCGUGUGGUCUUGGUCUUCUGA